AUUUAGAUGGGAUGGCCCACUGAGUCCACUGUGGACUGUGUGAGGAGCUGGCCUAUGCAAAAAAGCCUGGCUGUUUUUGGCACCUUGUCUAGCCCUGGCUCAAACUGUUAUUUUUGAAACGUGAAUUACUCAGUUAUGCUUGUCACUGAAUAUGUAUCAAACAACAAUAUGCCAUGCCCUCGUUUCCUCUUUUAUAAGGUAGCCUAUCACGUAACCUUGAUAACACACCCCUCCCCUGUUGGUGAUACACCGAACUCCAACACUUAUACCUGCUCCCCACUGAGAUGUCUUGAAGAUGUCAUCACUCGUCAUGCUCCUACUAGCCAUGCUGGCUACUACAGAUGCCCUACAGUGUCACUCUUGCUUAGGGUGCCCCACUGAUAAAAACAUGACAAAUUGUUCUGCUCCUUUUGAUUCCUGUCUGAAAGCAGAGGUUUUGAGAGAGGGUAUUGUUAUUGUGGGGAAGGUUUGUGGCAUGAAAACUCAUUGUGAUGUUGAACCAGCAGUACCCGAUGCAAAACUCUACUGCUGUAGUGAGGAUAUGUGUAACGGCGCUGGGCCUGUUGGCAAGAACAUGCUGCUCCUGCUGGUGCCCCUGGCCUCCAUCUUUGUGCUGUCCUGAGCUGAGCUGUGCUGUCAUUGGCUCCUUGCAGGAUCCGACAGUGGAAGCGGUCUUGUUUUUUACUCAUCUCUCAUCAUCUUUAAUCACAUGUCCGUUUGUCAAAAUGUUAUGCUGUUUGCAUUUGUGUGUAGUAGACUAGUGCAUGUGUGC